GGCGGUUUGUUGCCAACCGCCAGUAAACUUGACAAGAAGAAGACAGUGUAACGACAGCAAUGUGUUGCUAACUGAAUCUUUUUUAGAGUGAAGCUGUGCGUGUGGACCCUAUGACGUAGAAGCCGAAGGGGCAACAUGACAGCGAACGAGGAUCAGGAGAUGGAGCUGGAAGCUCUUCGCUCCAUCUAUGAAGGGGAUGAAUGCUUCAAGGAGAUAAGUCCAGUUUCCUUCCAGUUCAGGGUUGGAGACCUUGAGGACACAAAAGCAUUUAUCUUGGACAUCAGCUGGCCGGACACGUAUCCAGAGACGGCGCCACAAAUCUCCCUGGAUGCCUUUUUCAACAACAGGAUCUCUGCAGAGACGAAGCACCUCAUCCUGUCGAAGCUGGAGCAGCAGGUGGAGGUCAGCCUGGGUUCUGCCAUGAUGUUCACUCUGUUUGAGUGGGCAAAGGAGAACCAGGAGGAACUCAUGGAGAACCACAGGCCUGUUGUGACUGCUGUGCAGACCUUGACAUCCAACACUGAGGUGAUGACUCCCUCUGCAGCAAAGAAGAGAGAGAAGAAGGAGCAGCUGACAAAAGCACAGAAAAGAAGAAUGAUCAACAGAACAGACAAUAAAGGGGAGCUGCCAAGAGGCUGGAACUGGGUUGAUGUGAUUAAGCAUGUAAGUACAACUAGUUUCUUGACCGAUUAUAUUUUCAUAAUUGACCUCAUUAUUUUCCCUCAUGAACAGCUGAGUAAAACUGGAGGAAAGGAUGAUGACUAGAGCAGAAGCUGUCACACGCUUGAACUCCAAACUUGCUGCUGCUGCUGCAGCUGUGCUGCAGAUAUCUUCACAGUCAGCUGCUGCUGCCUUAAACACACCCCAUCAUUGGUGUUCCCACUCCGGUCAGCUCAGCAGGGUGUUCGUCCUCCAUCUGGGCGGAGCUUCACCUGCUCACACUUGCCAUCACUGCCAUGUUCAGUCUCACGUUACUCACUGAACACAUUGAUGUUGGUUCUAAACUAGUGUUCUGCUGUUACUUUGAGGUGCUGUGUGACUUUCUUACAGAAUAGACAUUUUUAACGCAACAGAAAAUAUUACUGAUCAUUUACGUUUUCUUUAUAAAUUGUGAAUCUGGAAAUGUUUAUAUAUAUAUAUAAAUAAACCCACAUUUUGUCAA